AUGCCGCCGCGCCGCCGAGGAGCGUCGGGCUACCGCGGCGUCCGCCUGCGCCCCAAUGGCGGCUACUACUCCGAGAUAUGCUCCGGCGAUCUCAGGCUCGGCCUCGGCACCUACGGGACGGCGCACGAGGCCGCCCGCGCGCACGACGCGGCGGCGUGGCGCCUAGGCCGGCCGCGCGGGCAGAUGAACUUCCAAGACGUGUACACGCUCCAGCAGGCGCUGGACGUCGCCCCGCCGCCUCGUCUGAACACGGCACAAGACCGUGCGGAGCACGCCGAGCGGCAGCGCCGCCUCCUCGUCACCCAGGAGGACGAGCGGGUCAUGGCGGAGUGGCGCCGGCGCCACCCGGAGGACGUCGCCUACGAGCAAGUCUACUGGGCAAGGCGCCGCGAGGAGGACACGCGAAGGCGCCGCGAGGAGCGAUUGGACAGGCGUCGGCGGAAGGCAUUGGUGAAUGCGCAGUCCGAUCUCGUUGCAGCAGGUGGGCAGUCGUUCUUCACGGCAGACGAUGAUCGGUGGUUGGACAUAUGGCUCGAUACCUCGGACGACACCGCCGAGGAUGAUAAUGGUGAUGAUGAUAGCGACUUGGAGUAG